AUGGUGAAUGUUACUAAAGGAGUUCUCGUCGAAUGCGAUCCUGCCAUGAAACAGUUUCUUUUACAUUUAGACGAAAGAAAUGAAUUUGGCAGAAAAUUCGUGUUGCAGGAUUUAGAUGACACUCAUUUAUUUGUGUCGUCCGACAUAAUUGAGACUCUGCAAGAAAAGAUUGACGAACUCAUGGAUCAGAUGUCAUUUUAUGUUUCUGAAAAAUAA